GUUUACGCAUCAGUUCUCUUGAAUUCUGCAAUGUUACCGAGUGUGAAUCCGGUAGUGUGAGGGCGGUGGCCUGGCGGUUGAAUGCCAAACCUCAAUCAGCAAGCAAGUCAAUCAAUCUGCUUCCUUCCCCAAGUUCACUCCCUUGAAUCCCUUGCUUGCCUGUUUUCUGCUCCAUAGAAGAUUUGAGCCCCGGACCCCUGGCCCCUCGCGCCAAUGCUCCGUGCUUUUUUUUUGGGUGCUCUGCUGUCGGCAAUGCCUGGUGUCACAGGCAUCCAUUUGCAGAUCCUCUUGCCUCCUUUUGCGUCUGUCUGUUGUUGGGCCAUCCUCUCGCCGUGGACCGUUCGCGGUCCCGGACAAUGCCAUGUCUUCCAAGGGGCUGACAAUGUGGCUGACAAUGUUAAGACACAACGUGUGCAUUCCAACUUACCGUGCUGGUGAAUGGUGUAAGCCGUAUUUCCCUCGUCUUCUCUUGUCCUGGAUUCAACGCCCAAACAGGUCACUAGCACCUUCUACCCCGAUUCCCGCUUAGUCGACGGCCCAACGAGGGGAAAGUCUGUGAAAUCUCUGCUUUAAAAUCCACGACCAUCCUCGAAUCUUUCUUCUCCCUCUCUUAUCGUUACCCAACUCGUUCUCAACUCAACAACAUCGAGACAGCAUCGGCGAAGCCACAUGCAAGCAUUUAUCAAGGCCUCAAGGUCCCAAAAGACCUUGAGGCCUUGAUGGCAGCGAUUUAUCAUCUUUCGCCGACUGAAGUUGGAAUCUCGAUGACGCGUCGCAAACUCAGACCGAGCUUCGAGAAAUAGCCCUGCACCCUCUGGGAAAAGUAACAGUAAGUGGGAAAGGCUUAUCUUUUCGUUGCUUGCCAGCAACAGGUGGGACCUCAGGCUUGUCGAUGGACCAGGUAGGGUCUUUGCACUUGCGGAUCGUGGACCGCAGUCAUCGUGCCACGAUGCCAGGCCCCGCGGCGCCGUUUGUACAUUUGGACGAAGUCUCAACUGUUUAUCCUCCAGCAGGAGGCGUGUACUGAAUGCAAGCAUUUGAUCUGUACCAAGCAAGGAAGGUCCAAUUGGCAACAGCAGCUCGCACGACACGGAACCGGACGGCCAGGCCAACAGCGCCGCAUGGAUCGAGCGGUACAAUCCUGGAACAACUUCGGCCUGUCUCAAUCGCCAGCUUCGGGACCUGAGGGCGCUUCACACAUGACCGAAUACACGUGAAGCCGGAUCUUGUCACUUGAGGAGUGAGCGGUCACAAUGGAGCAAGUGAAGUCUUCGUUGACUGCGACAGUCGCCCAUUGUGCCGCUAUUCACAUGUGAGUGCAGCAGUGAGUGAAGCAGUGAGGCAGUGUUUACGGCACAGCGACACUGCGACAGCCUUCACUUUGCAUUCGGCACAACUACUUCACAUUGCACACUAAUAUAUAAAAAAAUACCUGCGCGCUUGGCGAGACUCAGGGUACUUAGGUCUCGAUUUCACUCUGAGACCUCGAUCUUUCUUCGUCACCAGACAACUUCAAGUCUUCUUCCUCUGCAGCAAUGGCAAGUCAACACAACCCAGACAGCUGCCCAGAGCUCUUCCGUAAGGAGGCAGCUCUUCAACAAGCGAGGAACGUUCUUGCCGUCGUCCAGCAGGUCGCUCUGGACCAGCGCGGCGUUGCCGGCUGUGUCAACGACAGAGCUGAGGAUCUCCCCUCGUCGGCGGGGUUGAUGGCCGGUCAGGAUUCUGGCCGGACAUCAAUCUUCAACGACGAGCUCACGGCACGCAAGUACCGUGAGGUCCUGUUGCCGUCCGCGGCGCAACAGGACGGGACGAUCCCUCAGACCGCGGACCAGAAGCGUGCCCACGUGAACGUCUUGUUUCGCGCGUUCAAGUCUGUUCCUCGAGACAGUGGGGAAGGCGACAAGAUCAAGGAGAAGUUCGUGAACGAAGAACAUGACAACGCCCUGGUGGAGGCUGUGUGCUGGGAGUUGUUGGAAGACUGCAUUCGACGGGCAAAGACGCCUGUGCACCUCACCGAAGCCUACGAGCCAGGAAAGGCCAAGGGCAAAACAGACGACUGGACUUUCGCCGACCGCUUCGACCAUUUGGUCCAGGCGUUGGCGGAGUCCAAGUCGAUCUGCAAGCACCUCUUCGACGUCCCCUUCCGCGUCAAGUUGGUCGAUGACCCGCUCCGCAGCUCGAAAAGAGUUGCGUCGAACCGGGCAUUGAACCUGAAAAAGGCGGAAGCGUUGAAGAGGGGCAGAGAGGCUGCCAAGGAGGAUGAAAAGGAGGCAAAACGCCUCAAGAGAGAGGUUGCCACGGCGGCACAGGUAGACAACAACCUGGCCGGUCAAGGACACCAGCAGCAGCACCAGCAGCAGCUGCAGCAACCAAUUCUCUCCCAAUAUCCUCCAGCGACUGGAUACCCGGUGCCGUCUUCGUUGUCUGGUCCUGCAGAUCCAAGCAGGGCCUCCUAUCCGAUGCAGACUCGGUCUGCAUACGGUGGCAAUGACAACAUGCCAGCAUUUUUCGCUGGCGGCGGCUACCAGGCGAUGCCAUAUGGUGGGCCGUUCGCAGCUCCUGGACAACAGCAAGCGACGUACAACUCCUAUCCGCCAUACAAUGCCAACAUGCCUGUCACCCCGACCCAGCAGCCUCGAUUCCGCCGGCCAGAGCAGCAAGAUGCCCGACAAGGACUGGGGGCCGCCUCUAGACGCCCCGCGACGCACUCCGCCAUCCAAGACCACGGAGGCGCGUCGUAUGCUGAGCAGUUCGGAGGUUCGGAGUCCCUGAUGGACCCAAACCUGAACUACCAGCCAGUCGAACCUGCACCAUGGGCCAAUCAGCCGCCAAUCCAGCAGGCCUAUGGCCAGGGCGCAUAUGGUAGACAACAACCAUAUGCAGCCUCUCCCCAGCCCAGUCACCUCGCUCUGACGGGCUCAACUCAGUCGGCAAACUCCAGCGACCACGAGGCCAACUAAAGGCUCGAUGGCACGGCAUCCUCUGCCUCUUUGCUUUUCUUCUCUCCUUCGGCACACAGCACAUUUUUCUCCGUGGGCACACAGCACCAGAAAGUCGAAUCCAACAACGGAUUAUGCAUACGACUCUUGCUUGACACCAGCAUCAGCAUUGUUACGAUUAUUACGACCUCUUGAUACCCAGAAUCAGCAUGUUUGUCGGCUUCAUGAUACCCCCACGGCGAUCGGUUGCUCUUUUUUUCUUCUUUAUUCGACACUACGAAUCGGUUUGGUUUGGUUGGUUACGGUUAUGGUCAGGCGUUUGGACAUUAUCAUUGACAUCGGCAUGGAGUUCCGGCAAAAGUGGUAGACAGAACCACGGAAUCAGCGAUGGGCUUUGGUUACGACAUGGGAACUGGGUUUUGGCUUGGAGUUUCUGGUCUAGGAGGAAAUUGGAAUUGUGAGAUCCCAGCCCCAGAAUUAGCUCAAGGGAGUCAGUGAUAGGACUCGAGCUGCAGCCUGCCAUAAUGGAUGUUUGAAACACA